AUGGUUUCCCCACAUCCUCAUACCCCAGCGGGGUCCCGCGCCGCCUACGACAGCGGUUCGAACAACGACUAUGACCCCUCUACAGAGCAAGCCGAUGAAGAGCCAUCCUUCAUCAACAACAACGAAGCUCUCGAAGAAAUUAUCCCAGACGAUGACCAACCCAUGGAAGACCUCUCGGACGAUGAGGGCGAAGAAAGUUCCACAGCAUACCGAGGAGCCGGUGCCGGUGAAUCAAUCGAAAUCGAUCUCAUCAAUGAUUCGGCCCGACAUUUCGAUCACCAUACAGAUUCAAUUUACUCUAUCGCUUUGAACCCACGGUUAUCCGGGAUUGUAGCUACAGGAGGAGGUGAUGAUAUUGCAUACAUAUGGUCUUCGGAUCCUACAGCCGGACAGACGUCACAGAGAGGACAGGAAAGAGAGUCGCAGAAGAUUAUUUUUAAAUCUGAGGGCCAUGGGGAUUCGGUUACCUCUGUCGCUUUUACUGCCUCCGGAGAGUUCUUGGUUUCUGCUGGUAUGAACGGAAAAGUCAUGGUUACACAAUGCACCAAUGCUACAAACCCCACCGAAUCAAGUUCGUGGAAGAAAAUCGCAGAAGUCCAGGAAGUUGAAGAGAUCGCAUGGUUGGUUGCGCACCCCACAGACAACGUAUUCGCUUUAGGAGCAAGCGAUGGAUCAGUUUGGAUCUAUGAGAUUGAUGCAAACUCACCUGGAUCGGAGUUAUUCGUCAAACAAGCGUUUUAUAACCAUACCGCAUCGUGUACCGCCGGUACAUUUGCGAAGAACGGACAGUUAAUUGCGACUGUUUCAGAAGACUCGAAUUUGUUUGUGCAUAACGUGGAAACCGGCGAGGUAUUCGCUAGUUUUGGAAACGAUGAUGCCAGGUUUAAUGUUGACGGCGGGCUUUAUGCUGUUGCUGCGAACCCGGCAGGGACUGUGGUUGUUGUUGGUGGGUCGACGGGCGAAUGUAAGGUUGUCGCAUUACCAACUGCUGGAACGCAAACUGGUGGACGAAGUGCAGGUGCAAGAAGAGGUGGUAGUGCGACGGCGGGGACACAGAGUGCUCAGAUCCUGGCUACUCUGUCGACACAAAGUGAUUCGAUUGAAUCGCUAGCUUUCUCACCUAGUUUGCCGCUAUUGGCUUCUGCGUCAGUGGAUGGGUCUAUUGUGCUCUAUGAUACGCAGAGGUGGGCAGUUAGGCGGACAAUCAGUGGGCACGAGGACUCGGUUGUGAAGGUACUGUUUGAGGAGGGGCAGAGGGGGUGGUUAUUGACUAGUUGUUCGGUGGAUAGAACCGUUAGGAGAUGGGACUGCAGGAGUGGAGAGGAGAAAUUUAAGUGGCAAGGACAUUCCGAUGGGAUUUUAGGAUUUGUGGUCGAUUCUAAUGGCAGAGUUAUCACAGCUGGAGACGAUCACGUCGCCUUGGUGUUCGAAGAGACUUCUGCAGCAGCGACUGUUGCAAGUUCUACUGGUCAGCCGUGA